GAGCGGCAAUCUCAACACUGUCGCUACUCAUAUUUUAACUGCGUGUUCUGUCUUGUGUUCAGGAAUGUGUUAGUAACUAUUGUAUUUGAGUUAGCUCUAAUUUCGACAUAGGGUGGUUGAUUACUUAUUUAUAGCCUGUGCAAAGUGCAUAUAUUCGGCUCAUUUUAUUCUACACUCGUAUAUCAGUCUCCCUGUUAACAACUAACGAAAAUUUAUCUUAAUAUGGAAGUAGAUAAAUACACGUUAUUCGUCCAGAAUCUUCAGGAGGUAGUAGGUGAUGAUGAACUUCGAAAUCUUUUAAAGAAACCAAAUUCAUCAGUAUCUGUGUAUUGGGGUACUGCAACAACUGGUAGACCUCAUAUAGCAUACUUUGUUCCAAUUAUUAAGUUGGCUGAUAUGCUGAAAACCGGUGCAAAAGUCACUGUACUCUUUGCUGACUUACACGCAUAUCUAGAUAACAUGAAGGCCCCAUGGUAUUUGCUUUGUCUUCGUACAAAGUAUUAUGAAGCUGUUAUAAAAGGAAUGUUCCGUUCAAUUUGUGUCCCAUUAGACCGGCUGCAUUUUAUACGUGGAGCUGAUUACCAGUUAACUGAAGAAUAUUCUAUGGAUGUAUAUCGUUUAAUGGCUUUAACUUCAGUUCAUGAUGCACGUAAAGCUGGUGCAGAGGUUGUUAAACAAGUUAAUAAUCCACUUGUAUCUGGAUUAUUAUAUCCUUUAUUACAAGCAUUGGAUGAAGUACAUUUGAAUGUUGAUAUUCAAUUCGGUGGUGUAGAUCAACGGAAAAUAUUUAUGUUAGCUGAAAAGUAUUUACCUCAUCUUGGUCAUAAGAAACGAAUACAUUUAAUGAAUCCAAUGGUUCCAGGAUUGACAGGGGGAAAGAUGUCCUCUUCGGAAAUCGAUUCAAAAAUUGAUCUACUUGACCCACCGGAGUUUGUUGCCAGUAAAUUAGCAUCAUCUGUUUGUCCACCGAAUAUGACAGCUGAACAAGGCAAUGGAGUUUUGGCAUUUUUAAAAUAUGUUAUAUUUCCUUUAGUACCAAUGAGAACAGGAUUAUCAAUUCCUCGAACUCCGAAACCUUAUUUUAAUUAUACUGACGUAGAGAAAGAUUAUCUUAUGAGUAAAAUUCCAUCGGAUUCAUUAAGAAAUGUUGUUACAGAAUGUUUAAAUGGAUUGUUGGUGACUAUUCAAAAUGAUUUUAAAGAUCCUAAACUUCAAGAACUUGUACGUAACGCAUAUCCUACGGUAGAUGGAAUUAGUUCAGCGAAUGCCAACCUUGAAGAAGUUCCAACUAUGUUUACAAAUGAAAAAUCUACUAUUCUACAAGAAAUAGAUAACAGAGUCAAUGACAUGCCAACAAUUACUGAUCAUUCGAAUUUAUUGGAUUCAUUUGAAAAAGAAUUUGUGGGAUGUACAUCACUUCUGGAGAAACGUCUUAAUCAAACUAAUCGCCUACGAUGUUUAUGGUCAGUUACACCGAUUGGUUUACCACAUCUUGGCCAUUCAAUCCCGAUGAGAUCACUUGCUCGUUUAUCACGAUUAGAUGGUGUUUAUGUCAUUGUAUUAAUUAACAAUAUCUCAGCUCAUUUACGUGGUUCCAUUCCAUGGGAUGUGAUUAAACAACGUGGUGAAUUUUGUCGUGUAAUUUUAACUGGCUUAUUCACUGCUCUUGGUGGUAACCUGAAUCAAUUUAGCUGUAUACUUGGUAGCGAUUUUCAAUUACAUUCGGGAUAUAUGUUAAAUUUCUAUCGUUUAGUGAGUUUAGUUCCAGAAACAGAUUGUUUAAUAUCAAGUAAAUUAUCUGAAUUCGACAAUACAAAUCAAUCAACUAUAAAUCAUAAUCUUGAUGCUAAUAAUAAUAAUAAUGAACUAAUUAAUGAUUCAUCUAUUCGACCUUCUACACUUGGUGAAUUAUUAAUACCUUGUUUAGAUUUAAUUGAUACUAUACAAUUAUCUGCAGAUAUUCGUUUGGCUAGUAUACAACAAAUACAAAAACGUCAAAUUUUUCAAUCUAAAUUCCUACGUCAUUUUCCUAAUUCUUUUGAAACUAUCCAUCUUACACAUCCAAUACUCAUUAGUCUUCAAGCUCCAACUAAUCAAAUUGGUGAAUUAUCAUCAUUUCCUCCAAUGAAAUCAUGUCCUUUAUCAUCUCGCUGUACAGGACCAGCAUCGGCUAAAACACUAGCAGCAUUGCUUGAAGAUAAUUAUCUACCUUUAAUUGAACCACCUUUACCUGGAUCCUUAGAAAAAUCCCCACUGUCUGGUUUAAAACGUCGAAUUAAACGUGCAUUUUGUCAACCGAAUAAUGUUGAUAUAAAUCCUAUAUUGGAUAUAUGCCGUUGGGUAUUAAUUCCAGAUUUGUCGCCUGGAGAACCUUUUAUUAUUCCACGUUCAGAGAAAAAUGGUGGUCCAUUACAUAUUAAAUCUCAAUCAUCUACACUUAAUGAAUGGGAUUUAUUAAAACAAUACUUUUCUGAUGGUACAUUACAUCCAGCUGAUUUAAAACCAACUGUUGAAUAUUUAUUAUCAAUACAAAAUACUGAUAGUUUAGCUAAUCGACUUAAACAAUCAGUACCAGAUUGGAAUGAAUUAAUGGUAUUAUUAAAUGAAGCAUUUCCUUUAAGUAAAUCUCAAAAGAAUAAAAUAAAUAAUAAAUUAUCAAAAAAUCAUUCAAUGUUAAAUAAUACUGAACAUAAGCCAAAUCUCGAUAAUCAUCACCAUCAGCAACAACAACAACAACAUCAGCAGCAGCAGAUUGUAUCUCCUGAAGGUUCUUGUAAACCAGAAGAAAUUGCCCCGAAAUUAAGCGGCAGUAAAUUGUCAUCACCAUCAUUACCAGUGAAUUCAAUUGAUGAACUCAAUCCAAAUCGUUUGGAUAUACGAGUUGGCUUAAUCUUAUCAGUUAAAAUAGUGAGUAAUAUAAUAACGGUUAGCUUUCUCUCUUCGGAUCAUUUCGUUUUAUUACGGUUGUUUAGAUGUGAAUAUGUAUGUCUGUAUGUAUAUAUGUGUGCUUAACUAUUUGUUAAUCGACAUUUAAUUUAUUCAUAAAUUGGUUUCGAACUGAUUUCUUGCUUAAAUUGGGACUAUUAUGUUGAAUAAUGCUAUAAGGCUAGGUGCAGUUUAUUAGGCAAAGAUAAUAAGUCAGUCGAUAAGAUUGUGAAUCUUCAUCAAAUAAAGUGGUUAAUGGUACGUAUCACAUAUACCUAACGAAAAUGUGACAUCAGUCCAUGAAGCAAGAAGCACAAGACAUCUAUUUUGUCCUAGUUAUAGGUACCAUCUUACUACAACCUUCCGAUAUCGCGGCGACGGUCAGUAAUACUGUAAUCAUCGUUUGUCCAUAUUCUUAGUUGUAAUGUGUGAUGUAUAGAGUGUGAAAUUACUCAAUAUCAUAAUUGCUACAAGGCAAUAACUUUCACACUCAAUGUUGGUGAACGAUUUCACAGAAAAUGUUUAUCCAUUUAAUAGUCACCUAGUUGGCAUACGAAUAUCACUUAUUUUUUCUCAAAUACUUCACUUAUAUUGGUAACAUAUGGAACGUGUAGAGAAGAGCUUAAAUGGUUCUCAAAAUUACCGCGUAAUUUUAAAACUUAUUUUCAACCAAUCAUUGGAGGGUUUUCGUAAAUCAAAAUUAAUAUAAUUUUAUGAUUAUAGGAAAUUUAUUAGUUUUUCAAGGCCUUAUUAUAUCAAUUUUCCGAUCUCAUGUUUGUAGACUUCAUUGAUAAAACGCAUAAGUAACAAAUUCGUGUACUUUGCUACGAAUGAGUUACACAUUAUGUAAUAAAGACCUAGUGAUAUUCUCCAGUUACUCAAGCUGUAUUAAGUGAAAGCAACUAAAUGGUUGUAAGUUAAACAUCGUAAUCACUAAGCGGCUACCUCAAUAAUCUAAGUACAAAUUUAUUCACAUCUGAGGUUUCUUUCUGAAUCUUACUUCAUCAUCAACACCUUUUAUUGAUGAGUUACAAUAAUGAAAUGAUUUAAGAUUCAAUAAUGUUUUCAUAUUGAUAUGUAGAUCGUUAAUUUAUUUGUACCAUUCUUUACCUAUUUCACCAGGUUUCUCUUAUUAAGAGGAGGAUUUCCAUACAAAUUCACUACACAUAAACUAAGACGCUGAACUGAUUGACUCGUGUGUGUUACGUGAAAUUUAAUUUAGAAAACAAAUGAUAAAAUGACCACUAAAUAUUGUUCACUAUUGGUUAAUUUCUCGAACGAUCAAUUGGGCGAUGCUUAGGUGAUUCACCUGAAAGCAUUGGACGGCUGUUUUGCCCUAGUAUGGGCACUCCUCGGCACUGCGCAUACACGAUCCCUCACGCGAGACCGAAGUUCCUGGGUUCUAUUCCCGCGUACGCGAUCGUGGAUGCGCAGUGCUGAGGAGUAUCAUACUAAGACGAAACAGGAGUUCAAAGUGUCUAGGUUUUCACUGGUGGUCUAGCCAAAAUUGACUCAUGAAUUCAACUGUUAAAAUUACUACAGUUUCCACAAAUCCCCAUUUUGAUAAAAUUUAUCUACUUAUUAAUGUUUAAAGAGAGUUAUAAAUUAGUGUGAGGAAGUAGUAUUCAGAUUACACGUUAGGGUUAGGAAUUGAUGUAGAACUUUUCAUCACCAAAUGACAUCAGCUAUAAUGCUCAGAUGCUAUUCAACCAUGUGGAUGAAUAAAUUUUGCACCAAAAUACAAGACUCUUUAUCUUGGUUCGUAAAUUAUAAUCAUGCCAAAAAGUUAUUGAUUUCGAAAAAAUUCUCCCAAAAGUUGGUUCCUCUCUCGAUUCCUAUUGGAUCACCUCUCUAUAUAUUUUUUUACUUUGAGCAUUUAUUUAUUUCAAAAACAAAGAAUAUUUGAGUAAGCGAUUGUUUUCACAAUAACUUCAUCAUCAAGAUCUACAGUUAUAAGUUCAUAGUUAUUGUGAUAUUUUACUAAGACCAACGUAAAGGCGUGCGUGAAUCAGUUUAACAAUGUUAUAUGUUAAAAAUGAUGAACGUUAUCAUCUGUUACGAUAUAAGUACCUCAAGAUAGUGUUAUUUGUAAAUUAAAAAGAUCAUUUAAUAAACGUCAGAAUGUUUUGUAGUAAAGUGUCAAGUUAUUAUCAAUAUAAUAAUACUUACUUCUGUUUGUUAGCCCUCGUAAAGGAGCAUAAGCCGCCCACCAGCAAAUGUAAUUGUAAUAUAAUAAAACAAUCGUAUGAAUAAAAUGCAUAGUAGGAGAAUUUUGCCUGGUUAAUGGAGGUGACAAUAAUUAGGAAAGAUGAAUUUGUAUAUUAAGUAAGAUAUAAACACAUCAGGAAUUGGAAGGGAAGGGGUUUAUAAUAUCCAUUCUAGGUAACUGGUAAUCCGGACGGGAUUUAUUUACUUUGUCAAAUACAUUUAUUUAUAUUAUGUAAAAGAAAUCAUUCUAUGUGUAAUUGUUUAUCUUUCUCAUUUGUGGGAUGAUGGCGUGGGUGAUAUGGUAUUGUUCUUUUAAAGCAUCCAAAUGCUGAUAGUUUAUUUAUUGAAGAAGUGGAUUUCGGUUCAAGUAUUGGUAAACGUACAGUGAUUAGUGGAUUGGUUGGUCUUUAUCCUAUGGAAAAAUUACUCAAUUGUUAUGGUAUAUUUGUGAUUAAUUUAAAACCAGUGAAAAUUCGUGGAAUUGAAUCUCAGGCUAUGUUACUUUGUGCUUCAUAUACUGAGAAGAGUUCAUCACUUUUAAAAGUACAACCAAUUCAUUUAUCAAAUAAACAAAAUCCUAUAUUAGGUGAACGUUUUGUCUUUCAUUCAUUAGUUGAUAAUUCGAAAUCAUCAUCAUCAUCAUUAUCAUUUAGAGAACCAGAUAAAUUAUUAUCAUCUAAAACAAAAUUAUGGGAACAAUUAUGUCCAGAUUUAUCAACAUCUAUUAAUCAAUAUAUUCAAUGGCGUGAUUGGAGAUUAGGUUCAAUAUGUGGUAAUAAAUGGAUUAUUGUAUCAGAUGAUGUUCCACCUGGUUCAACUGUACGUUAAAUGUUAACAAUGAAUAGAAGAAUAAAUAAUGAAUACAAUUAGAAGUUAUUUUAUGCUUGUGUUUAUUUCACAUUUUGUAUCAUUUUCAACUACAUACAAAUAAAAAUUAUUUUCUUUGGAUUGGAAAAAAUGUUCUCUCAAUUUUCUACUAAAGUUAUUACUGAACUCGUCUUGAUGAAGAUGUUUCUCAAUAGUUUGAAAAUAAUACACUAAUAUGGAGAGAGAGUCAUUCAAGUAGUCAGUUUGGAGGAAGGGGCGUUAACGCGUAGCACACAGUAUAUCAGUAUCAGAUUUCUGAUACCACACGUCACAACAUGCAC